GGGGGGGGGGGGCGCGGCGGCCAUGGAUCUCUUCGGGGACCUGCCCGAGCCCGGCGCCGCCGCGGGGAAAGAUGCCCAAAAAGGGCCUCUGCUGUUUGAUGAUCUCCCACAAUCCAGCAGUGCUGACUCAGGGAAAGAAGGCUCUUUGCUCUUUGAUGGUCUCCCUCCAGCCAGCAGUGGUGACCCAGCCUCCAGUGCUGCUAAGCAAGUCUCAUCAGCAGAGAGCCAAGAGAAAGGGCAGAAGAGAAAGUCUUCGGAGGAGGAGGAGGAAGAGAAGAAUGGCAGGGAAGAACUUGUGGAAAAGAAAGUUUGUAAAGGAUCAGUGGGCAUUCUUGGACUGAAGGGUUAUGUGGCAGAGAGAAAAGGUGAGAGGGAAGACAUGCAGGAUGCGCACGUCAUCUUAAACGACAUCACCGAGGAAUGCCGGCCUCUGCCCUCCCAAAUCACACGUGUCUCGUACUUCGCUGUUUUUGAUGGCCACGGGGGAGUCCGAGCCUCAAAAUUUGCAGCACAGAAUCUGCACCAAAACCUUAUCAAGAAAUUUCCUAAAGGUGAGGUUGCCAGUGUGGAGAAAACUGUGAAGAGAUGUCUUUUGGACACCUUCAAACACACAGAUGAAGAGUUUCUGAAGCAGGCAUCCAGCCAGAAGCCAGCAUGGAAGGAUGGCUCCACAGCUACUUGUGUCUUGGCUGUUGACAAUAUUCUCUACAUAGCCAACCUUGGGGACAGCCGGGCGAUUCUGUGUCGUUACAAUGAAGAGAGUCAGAAGCACACAGCCUUAAGCCUCAGCAAGGAGCACAACCCCACCCAGUACGAGGAGAGGAUGCGGAUACAGAAGGCUGGGGGAAACGUCAGGGAUGGAAGAGUGCUGGGAGUGCUGGAGGUUUCCCGCUCCAUUGGGGACGGCCAGUACAAACGCUGUGGUGUCAUCUCUGUGCCAGACAUCAAACGCUGCCAACUCACACACAAUGACAGGUUCAUCCUGAUAGCGUGUGAUGGCCUCUUUAAAGUCUUUACACCAGAAGAAGCUGUGAACUUCAUUGUGUCCUGCCUGGAGGAUAAGAACAUCCAGAUGAGAGAAGGGAAGCUGGAAGCAGACGCUCGGUACGAGGCUGCCUGUAACAGACUGGCCAACAAGGCCGUGCAGCGGGGCUCGGCCGACAACGUCACCGUCAUGGUGGUGCGGAUAGAGCACUGAGGGAGCAGCUCUGCUCCUGCAGGGGAGGGCAGGGAGAGCUCUGUGUGCAUGCACCUGUGCCUGGGGGAGGGGGGGUCCUGCUGGAUGCUCUUCAGUGUAAAUAAAGAUGGGGGUUUUUUUUUCUACUAGGUUUAGCUCACUGAGUGGUAGGGUUGAAUGUCUUGGCAAACGCAGUAAAUUCGUUUGGCAGAGGGGCAAGCAAGAGGCAUCUGGGGGCAUGAGCCCUGCCAGCUGUUUCACAUGGGACAGUUCUGCUGCCCAUAUCCUUGAGCUUUGUGCAAGACCCUGCCAUUCCAGGACUCAGUGGGAGCUCCCAGACACGUGCACACUGAGGUACUCUAGGCCAGCUUGGGAUGUCCACACUGGGUAGCAAAUCCUUUGACUGUGAAGCUGCCUGCAGCUGAGGGACACAAACACCCCUUGCAGAGCAGCAGCAUACCUGCUUACUUUG